AUGACCCAGCUCCGCAAGUACGAACGGGAGGCAGCAUGGCAACUCUUUACCCAUUUGCUGGUUUACCUACAGCCAAUAUUGCCACCAUCCCGUGAGGAAGCCGCUAUGACGACCCGCACCGAUGUGACGCGGACCGGUCCUUCCUCGAUGAUACCCGAACUCCAUAAUCGUGAAGGGAAGUACCUGGAUACUGCAACGGCUGGAGUACGACUCCCUAUCACCGCGAGCCUUAUUGGCCCCUCAGACGUUGGCCCGGGCACGGCCUGUCUCACUGCUAGAAUCGACAACGCCACCCGAUUUCAAGAGCUACUUGUAAUCGUGAUGCACGUCUGUGGCGGGCAGCCAGGAGGUGGGUCCGAGAUCUUAAGCCUCCGCUAG